GUUAUGAUGAGUUAGCACAUAUUUGAUAUGACAUGAAUUAGAAGCACUAAAGUUUGCACGAGUCAGGACUCAGUCGCCCGUACAACUCUGUCUCAUGUAUGUCCAUGUUCAUUGAAAUCCAGACAGUGAGAAGCUUCCUUAGCCCCCCCUCCCCUGUCUUUUGCUUCUGCAACAGAACCACCUCUCAACUCAAAGACCCGGAAAUUUUCUUCAAGUUUGUUCCCUUUGUCUGUAGCAAUUCUUCGACUUUUGUUGAGCACUUGAGUUGAGUUGAAGCGCCAUAUUUUCUUGGGCAUCAAAAUUCAGCAGCACCCAUAAAAUUGGUUUUUGUUUUUUGGAUUCUUUGCUGAAAGUUCACUUUUCUUCAAUUUGGUAUUGCUUUUGGUAUUUAAAGGCGGUUUAAACUUUCAAACUUUUGGCCACCAAACGUUCUGUGCUUUGACUGACUGGUAGUGGUGGGUCAAUUUACAGUUAGCAAGUAGAGCUGUCAAUGAUCCGCGUAUGCAACAGCUAAGUUUCAAUAAUUUAGACUCUGUGUGGAGCUGUUUAAGUUUUUUGAAAUUGAGGGACUGGUGGGUCUUGGUUGUUGGUUGGGCUUUCUUGGUUUCUCAGCUCUUCUCUCUGUGUUGAACUUGAGGUUCUGGAUAUUGGGAAGUGAUAUUAAAGGGUUUGAGGGUUGUUGUUUUGGUGUGUCUUUUGUUGUUGUUUGUCUUUAUUAACAUCCUCAACAGCAAUUUCAGUAGAUUCAUUUUGGUACUGGGAACUGAAUUGUAAGUUAUUGCAGUUGCGAUUAGGUGGUGGUUUUGGUUGAUGUUGAUAUUGCCUCAUGCUUUCAGAUUCACUUUUUAGUGAAUUCAAGAAUUUGGAUAUUAGGAACUGAAACUAAGGUUGUUGGAGUUGUGGUUUCGUGGAUUUCGAUUGCUCAAGCCUUGCACUAGACGAAAUGGGGAGUAAUGGGGUUGACCAUCCCUUGAAAGAUUUGGAAGAGGAAAGUGUUAGCAGCCAAGAACAGAGUUCUUUUCGGGAGGAGAGGAAUCAGAAGAUAAAUUCUUCUCGGCACACUUCGGUUUUAGAGAUUUUUCAGUCAAAAGAGAUCAAUGUUGGUUCUUCACCUCAGAGAGGCUUGGACCAUUACAUCACUGCACCUAUUGGCACUCCCAAAGGUUUACUAAUUGAGGAUCAUGAGAUUAAAUUCUCUAGAUCCAUGACUGAGAAGAAGGGAAUUCCCAGGCAUGACUUCAAGCUGGAUAGACUGUCAGAGCGUGAAAAGAAAAAAUUAAUUGUUGAGAUGGUCAAGAUACAAAAUGAUGGAACAGUAGAAGUUGAUUUAGAAAAAAGUGCACCUGUUGCCUCUGAGUUGUUAGAGCUCCAGAGUAUUGAAGAUGUGCCUGUCAAUCUUGAUAAUAUGACUUCCAGUACUACCAAGUCAAUUCCAAGGUUGAAAAUUGCCAUACUUGUGGUCGGAACAAGAGGAGAUGUACAGCCUUUUCUGGCUAUGGCGAAGAGAUUUCAGGAGUUUGGCCAUCAUGUUAGGCUGGCAACUCAUGCUAACUUCAGUGCUUUUGUAAAGUCGGCUGGUGUAGACUUUUAUCCUUUGGGUGGUGAUCCUCGUGUUUUGGCAGGAUAUAUGGCCAGAAACAAAGGUCUCAUUCCAUCCGGGCCAGCAGAAAUAUCUAUACAAAGAAAGCAACUGAAGGCAAUUAUUGAAUCUCUUCUUCCAGCCUGCACAGAACCAGAUAUAGAAACUGGUGUGCCUUUUAAGGCACAGGCAAUUAUUGCAAACCCUCCUGCUUAUGGACACGCUCAUGUUGCUGAAGCUCUUGGAGUACCCCUUCAUAUUUUCUUCACAAUGCCAUGGACGCCUACUUAUGAAUUUCCUCAUCCCCUGGCACGUGUACCUCAAAGUGCUGGUUAUUGGCUUUCAUAUAUUGUUGUGGAUUUGCUGAUAUGGUGGGGCAUUAGGGGAUAUAUUAAUGACUUCAGAAAAAAGAAGUUGAAGCUUGCUCCUAUUGCAUACUUCAGCACAUACCAUGGAUCAAUAUCUCAUUUGCCAACGGGCUAUAUGUGGAGUCCUCAUGUUGUGCCAAAGCCAAGUGAUUGGGGACCUCUUGUGGAUGUUGUUGGUUAUUGUUUCCUAAACCUUGGGUCAAAGCAUCAACCUCAAGAUGAGUUUGUUCAAUGGAUUCAAAAAGGGUCGAAACCUAUAUAUAUUGGCUUCGGAAGCAUGCCACUUGAGGAUCCCAAGAAAACUACGGAGAUUAUAUUGGAGGCGUUGAAAGAUACAGGACAGAGAGGAAUAAUUGACAGAGGUUGGGGGGACCUGGGGAAUUUUACAGAAGCAUCUGAUAAUGUUUUCCUAUUGGAGGACUGUCCUCACGAUUGGCUGUUUCCUCAAUGUUCAGCAGUAGUUCAUCACGGUGGUGCUGGGACCACAGCUACAGGAUUGAGAGCUGGGUGUCCAACAACCAUAGUGCCAUUCUUUGGAGAUCAGUUCUUCUGGGGUGAGAGGAUACAUGAGAAAGGCUUGGGGCCUGCACCAAUACCUAUUUCUCAGCUGAGUGUCGAGAGCCUUUCAAAUGCUAUCAGAUUCAUGCUGGAGCCAGAGGUUAAAUCUCGGGUACUAGAAAUAGCGAAGUUGAUAGAGAAUGAAGAUGGUGUUGCUGCCGCAGUUAAUGCGUUUCAUCGGCAGUUACCUCCUGAGUUACCAAUGCCAGCUUCAUCUUCAGAGGAAGGUGAACUUCCAAACCCUUUGGUGUGGUUCUUUCUUCAACUUGAGAAGUGGUGCUGCCUGCCAUGUGGUUUGUAGGAUUCUUGCUGUGUCUUGUACUGUUGUACAGAUAUGUUUCUUCUUCUUUUUUUAUAAUUCUUUUUAUAGUCAUAUCAUUUUAA